AUGAACAACAACCAAAAAGACAUUGAAAUGGACCAGAACAACCACGAAACCAGCACCAAUGAGGAAGAUGAGUCCCUUUUGCACAUAGUAAACCGCUUAAGUCACGGUACAUAUAGCGAUGCAGAGCUUGCGAAGCUUUCUGGGCUCAGGUCCGCUCAUGUGUCACAGACCGAGACCACCUCCUCUCUCCAGGAGGCAUCACAAAAUCUCAUUGGCUCAGUACCAUCCCCUUCCAGUGAUCCAUAUGUCCAUAGUGAAGGACAGAAUCAAGUCGAUACAGCAUCGUCGACCAACAAUAAGUCAACCAGUAAUGAUGCGGCAGCUCGAAUGAUGCUCAAGGAUCAACUCAUUGUCGGCGAAGCAGCAAUGUACCAAAAGGAUCAUUUAGUGGGUGCCGAGAGAGCCAAAGCGCACCAAAAGGAUGAUGCAGCAGCUCGAAUGAUGCUCAAGGAUCAAUUCAUCGUUGGUGAAGCAGCAAUGUACCAAAAGGAUCAUUUAGUGGGUGCCGAGAGAGCCAAAGCGCACCAAAAGGAUGAUGCAGCAGCUUGAAUGAUGCUCAAGGA